AUGCACCCAGGGAGCUGGCUUUAUGUCCUGCUGCUGGUCACUGGCCGUGGGCUGCUGAGGAUAAAAGAGCAGUAUAGGCUACCUACUCAGUGUGACAGACAGGGUGAAGGUGGCUGGGCCACUGACAACAGUUUCAAGGUCAAGCAGCAACCCCAGGCUCUGGUCAGGCCUUGCAAGAUUCAGCAGAAUUUCAUGGAUGACCCACCACCUUCCUCGGACGGGAGGAAAACAGCGUCAUUCCACUAUCCCGGGGGAGGCGCCAAGUACCAAGGGGAGGCUGUCCAGCGGUCCCUGGUGGAGUCGUACACCCACCCAAAUGGCAACGAGACGGAGUGGAGACAGAACAUUGACAUCGUCAUGAACUGGUUCACCAAGGAAGAUUUUGACUUUGUGACCCUGUACUAUGGAGAGCCAGAUAGCGUGGGACACCUCUACGGACCUGACACAGAGAAUAGGAGGGCAAUGAUUCAGCAAAUCGACAGAACCAUCGGGUACCUGUUGGAAGCCAUUGGGAGGCACAGCUUGACUGAGCACCUCAAUGUCAUCAUCACGUCAGACCAUGGCAUGACCACCAUGAAAAAGAAACCCAACAUCACUGAGAUCCUCCUGAGAAACUACAUCAGCUUCAAGGACUUGGUCCAGUUUGACAUUGUGGACUACGGCGGCUUUGGGAUGCUUCUACCCAAACCAGGGCAAGAGGAAGCUGUUUACCAAGCGCUGAAGAACGCUCAUCCUCACCUCAAUGUCUACAAGAAGGAGGAAUUUCCAGAACGCUUCCAUUUUGCCAAACACGAGCGGGUCCUGCCGAUCGUGAUGUACGCCGACCCUGGUUAUAGCAUCAGCGGGGUGAGUGGAUUCUAAAAUAGAGUCCAUCUUGGAUCUGGAAGGCAGCCAGUAGGGAAGGACUGU